AUGCUGCAUGAGUGUCUUGAAUUACAAUUAGUAGCUUUGGAGGCUAAGAAGGAAUUCGAAAAACUAAUGAAAUUGGCAGACGCAAUAAAACAGUCAUGCCUAAAAAAUAAACACAAAAAUUCUGUUAAAAGUGCAGCAGUUAAUGUGAAUCAAGAAGAAGUUCGAGCUUCUUGCAGCGAUAACCAUAAACACAGACGAGAUAGCAAUGAGUCCAUUUCUUCGACUGAUAGUAUCAAUGAUAGUGUACUGAUAACAAACAAGUAUGAUAAAGUGAUUGUAUCUGAUGAAGCACGUGCCUUAUUAAAAACCAACCACCAUAAUAAUCCUGACAAUAAUCGAAAAAAAAGGACCUUAUCACAAACAACCGAACAUAAGUCCGACAGUCUAUACAACAAAAAAGCGCACACAUUUUCAAUCUCAACCGAAAAUUCUGAUAUAUCUGGCAGUUCAAGCAACAAUAAGGUACUCGUCUUGUCAAACAUAACUGAUCAUUCCAAUAAGUUCCGAAGUCCAACCACCAAAAAGGUGCUUACUUUAUCAAAAGUACAAGACCAUUUUGAUAAAUCUGGUAGUCAAAGCAACAAAAAGGUGCUUGUCUUAUCAAACACAAACAACCAUUCCAAUAAGUCAUUUAGUCUAAGCAAAAAGCUGGAUGUCUCCUCAUCAAACAAAAUAGAUCAUAGCGAUAAGUCCACCGGUACAAGCAAAAAGAUUGCGCUCGCCUUAUCAAACACAACCUAUCAGUCCGAUAACUCCGCUGCACCAAGAAAAAAGAUGGUACUUGCAUCAUCAAAUUCAAAAGAUUAUUCCCAUAAAUCUGCCGGUCCAAGCAAAGAGAAGGCGGUCGCCUCAUCAAACACAACCGAGAACUCCGAUAAAUCCACCGGUCCAAGUAAAAAGAAGGCGGUCGCGUCAUCAAGCAUAACCGACUACUCCGAUAAAUCCGCCAGUCAAAGCAAAAUAAUGGCAAACACAAUUGACUGUUCCGAUAAUUCUGCCAGUCUAAGCAAAAAGAAAAGGUUCACCUCGUCAAACAUAACAGACCAUUCCAACGAAUACAACGAAUCAAUCGAUGGAGAAAAUACAAUAGAAGAUAAUACAUCACAAUCUAAUGAAAAGAUCCUAACCCUAGUCGCCACGCCCGAUGGUACAAGCGAUAAGAUGGCACUUGACUCAUCAAACGCAACCGAAGUUUUAGACGAAUCAAGUGACAAAGAGAAUAAAACAAAUGAUAAUACGUCACAAUCGAAUGAAAAGAUCCCACCAGUCUCUGCGCCAGUAGCGCAAGAGGAGGAAAGAGAAGACGACCUUGUGAGUAUUUUGUAUCACUUGCGAACGACCGCUCAGGUGUAG